GGUUCAGCUGCUCUGCACCCCCCUCAAAUCGUGCAAAGAUUCGGUGCGGGCGAAUUGGAUUUAUUCGGGCCGCCAACCGUGCCAAGCCAGCAGACAGCAAUGACCAAAAGUCUCACAAUUCCUCGUCACGCCUGACAACUUGGACGUUCCAGGCCAUACUCUCAUCGAGAACUUCUCCUACGUCCUUGUCGGCUUGGCCUCCAUGGGCCUAGAUUGUGCAGACAACGAAGUCCGGAAGUCGGGGUGCACUGCAAUACAGAGCCAGAACAUACACGCGGCAGCACACCUAGCCAGACUAUGGUGUGGGGGCGUCUCCGGACCAUCGCUCAUCCGUGGGCGUUGUAACCUCAUCACUGAAGCCGCUUCGCGAUCCUCUGAGGUGGGGCCGCUGCCAGCCCCGAGACAUCGUUGGCCAUCUUUGAUGUCUAACCAAUGCUGCACAUGCGGAGGCUGGUAUUCGCGAGAUGCGAUUGGCGGCAGGAGGCGACAGAAGCAAGGCAAUGCAGAUUGCAGCUUGGAAGACAGUAUCUCUUGUCCUCAGCAAAGCCUUUUCAGCAAGGUCGCUACAAUUCAUUCGCCUUCAGUAUCAAGGGAUGCACAGUUCUGCGAAGAGCUGAGGACCCAGAAUGUUCCCGAGCUGUCAAUGUUUAGUGCACAGGGCAGAGUCAGUCCACGACGUUGCGCGAAUUCACCAGACACGCCGCUUUUCAGCGUCCUUGAGGCAAGGCGGGACACGAAGACAACGGCGCCGAACUGUGUUUGGCGUUUCCUGGAGAGCGGAACGCUUGUAAAGCUAGCAAAGCGGCAAGAAGACGUUGUCUCACUUUGUCCCAGUUACUUGGCGCCUUUGUCCGUGCUGAUUGGGUGACCUACGACUGUCAGUCUUAGUCUUUACUACAACACGCUUAUCACGCAUCACGUCGGCGUUUGACGAGCAGCUCUAGGCUCUAGCCUCUACUCCGUACUGCGAAGCAGUG